CAGUGGUUUCUUAGCAGCGGAAAAUUGCAGCGUCGUACGCCAAUUACGCAGUGCCUCAUACGGCACCCAAUAGAUGACGUAAGAUACGCCAGGAGCGCAGACAGGAAACGGGAUCCUGGUUAAACGUGCGCAUCUGGAAUGGAGAAUCGCAACGACGUUGCUCGUAUGAAAAAAAAGACUGUAGGGAAGGAUGUAUGGCAAUCAAUUCCACUGGAACCUGCUGCCGUUGCGGCCAGUGCGGAAUCAGGACUAACCGCACGAUUUUCUUAUGCGAAGAGGGAAUGUCACGCCCAAGCCUGGGAAAUAAAUGAUUUGUGUGUAACUGAACAUUUAUGAAGAUUUUAAGGGAAUACUGAGUGGCUGCCAACGUGACGCGCGCUCGGAAAGGCGUGAAAAAUAUUGACGAUCGAUGUCAAAUUAAAGAUCCGUUUGUGGACCGCCGGACUGACCCGCAUUAAACAUAUCCACGCUCGUUCGUUCGUGUGUGCGUUUGUGUAAGUGAGGUUUGUAUACACCAAGCUGACGGGACACUGCAUUAACGGUGACUCUUAUGGCUUUAUGGGAACUGUCGCUGUUUUCAGACCUGUAGCUGCUUCGGAACCGUGAUUUGGGUCGCUGCUGCGGUUCUGUGUGUGUAUUUGCGGAGGAUGAGGGAGAUAAGAGAGUCCAUGCCGAAGAAGGUCUCGGGAAGACACGGUCAUACAACAGGGCAGUGAUGCCGGGAAUGGUACUGUUUCAGCGACGCUGGUCAGUUGGGAGUGAUGACCUUGUGUUGCCGGCUUUCUUCCUGUUCAUACUACACUGCAUAUGGCUGGCGGUUCUGUCCGUGGUUCUUUUUGGGCUGCCGUACAGUUCAGAGCAGUCAUGCUCAGUCACGCUGGUGGAUCACGGUCGAGGUUACCUCGGCAUCCUGGUCAGCUGCCUGAUCUGCGAGAGUGCCAUCAUGUGGUUAAGCAUGAGAGGCAGCAUCCUGUACACACAACCCAGAGAAGCGGUUCAAUACGUGCUUUAUAUACGGCUAGCCAUCCUGCUGGUGGAGCUGGUGUAUGCAGUGGUGGGCAUCGCCUGGUUGGUGCAGUAUUACCAGCCUUGCUCUGACAUCACAGCCAAGAACCUCGCCCUGGGAAUUGUGGCGUGUAACUGGUUGGUCAUCUUCAGCGUGUGUUUUACCAUGAUGUGUACCUUUGACCCCACCGGACGGACCUUUGUGAAGCUGAAAGCAACCCGCCGUCGUCAGCGUAACCUUACAACAUACACUCUCAGACACAGGUUAGAAGAGGGUCAGGCCAGCAGCUGGAGCAGGAGACUCAAAUUCUUCAUGUGCUGCACUAGAGCACAAGAUACACAAUCUGACGCUUACUCAGAGGUGGCCAGCCUGUUUGCCGAGUUCUUCCGUGAUCUUGACAUUGUGCCGAGUGACAUCAUCGCUGGCCUGGUGCUCCUCCGACAGAGACAAAGGGCCAAGAGAUCAGCCAUCUUGGAUCAGGCAAACAAUGAUGUUUUAGCCUUUCUAUCUGGGAUGCCUGUUACUCGUAACACUAAAUACUUGGACCUCAAGAACUCGGCUGAGAUGGCCAUGUAUAAGGAAGUGUGUUACUACAUGCUGUUUGCCAUGGCGGCGUAUGGCUGGCCAAUGUAUCUCUUUAGAAAACCAGCAUGUGGACUCUGCAGACUUGUUAGCACCUGCUCCUGUAAUACAUCAGUUUCAGGUUCUCGUCUCUCUCAAUCAGUCACUGUUGAGGAGGAUAACUGCUGUGGUUGUAACGUUCUCGCCAUUCGAAGGCAAUUUCUGGACCAAGACCUUAAGGAAGUCCAAAUUGUCUACACAUCCUGCCAUGACGCGGUUUAUGAGACGCCCUUCUUUGUAGCAGUGGAUCAUGCAAAGAAAAAAGUCAUAAUCAGCAUCAGAGGGACUUUGUCCCCCAAGGAUGCUUUAACGGAUCUCACUGGGGAUUCGGAGCGUUUGCCGCUAGAGGAACAGCAUGGCACAUGGCUUGGACAUAAGGGAAUGGUUUAUUCAGCUGAAUACAUAAAGAAGAAACUAGAGCAAGAGAUGAUUCUCUCUCAAGCCUUUGGGAGAGAUUUGGGUAAAGGGACUAUGCACUAUGGGCUGGUGAUUGUGGGUCACUCUCUGGGUGCCGGAGCGGCCGCCAUCCUGUCCUUCCUUCUCCGGCCACAGUAUCCUUCACUGCACUGUUACGCAUACUCCCCUCCUGGGGGUCUCCUCAGUGAGGAUGCAAUGGAGUACUCCAAAGACUUCAUCACCUCAGUUGUGCUGGGAAAAGAUUUGGUCCCCAGGAUUGGCCUCUCUCAACUUGAAGGCUUCCGUCGUCACCUACUUGAAGUCCUACAGAAGAGUGAUAAACCAAAGUGGCGAAUCAUUGCUGGCGGUACAAAGUGCAUCCCUAAAUCAGAGCUGCCCCUGGAUGACGGGCCCCCUCUAUCUGAGGGCGUGACUCCCUCUAACUCUCGCCUGUGGCUGCACCCCAGUGAUCUGAGCAUCGCCCUGUCCGCCUCCACCCCGCUGUAUCCUCCCGGACGUGUCAUCCAUGUGGUGCACAACCACCCGCCUGAGACAUGUUGUGGUCAGGAGGAGCCCACUUAUUCUGCACUGUGGGGGGACAACAAGGCCUUUGAUGAGGUCAUCAUUUCUCCAGCCAUGCUGAAUGAACACAUGCCCCAUGUGGUGAUGGAUGGCCUCAACAAGGUUUUGGAAAACUAUAAUAAGGGGAAGACAGCUUUACUGUCUGCUGCUAAGAUUAUGGUUAGUCCUACGGAGGUGGACCUGAAUCCAGAAACAAUCUUCCUCGGUGCCUCUAGUUCACCACAGCCCACACCUGCCACACACCAUCGCAGAAACAGUAGUGUCCGUUCUUGUGCCCGCUCUGAGAUCUCGCUGGAUGGCUUCUCUGAGUGUCCCCCUCCUCCUGUGCCUGUGGUGCUCACCGGAGCUCGUGAGCGCUUGGCCGUUGAGCUGCGGGAGCGAAAAGCUCCCCUGGCCAUCAUGGAGAGCCUUUCUGAUGCAGAAUCUGUCUAUAGCUUGGACUCUCGGCGGUCCUCUGCCGCCCUGAGGGGCUCACCCUGUCUAGGGAGUCUACCUUUCCCUCUUGAUGCCCCCAUCCCAGAAGAGAAUCCUUCACUGAGCUCCCGCACAGAGCUGCUCGCUGCAGACAGCUUGAGCCAGGGCACGGUGGACCAUGAGCUGGGGGAGGCCGGUCCGUACUGCCCUACACUGGAACUGGCUGUACCUUCCAAUGACACCCAUUAUCUCUCUGUCAAUUCAUGCAAUAGUGGCCACUUCUCUCCACUUUCGCUUGGACAAACUACUGAAGAUCAGCCAGCCAGCCAAGGCAUGAAUUUCUGCCCAUCUUCAGGAACACCUGCGGCUUGCCAGCAAUCAGCUGUUCAUAAUAGUCAAGAAUCCUGCAAGCUUAGCGAAAUGGCCAAUGAUAGAGAGGUUGAAAUGGAAGAGAGACAGGGAGAGGUCAAAGUGGACCUUGAGAGUGGAAGGUCCCAGGCUCUUCAACCAGUUCCACCAUUGUCCAAUGGAACCCCCAGCCAGGCGGUCCUGGAGUUCGCCCAAUAUCUAGACUCUCUCUUUAGGCUCGAUGGAAGCAGCUCUUCCCCUCUCGAGCUGUCCGAUGCGGAAUCUGAGUCUGGACAGGGAUCUUACAGUCAGACUGAGGGACAACUUGAGGACCAGCGAGUGAAAAACUCAGACAAGGACAGGCAGCUAAUGGCCAGAGCCACUCUAGAGCCCAAUUUGGUUCCCAAGCCCCCUCGCACCUUUGCUGACUCGGCCGACCUCUCUUCUGGCAUCUCUCUUUCUCCAUCUUUCCCUCUCUCCUCCUCCGGAGAUUUCAAUGAUCUUUCUCCUCCAGAUGGAGCGAUACCUAUCAACCAUUCUACACUACGAACUUCUGCUGCCAUGCCCAACCCCAAGGAAACAGCACUGUCUUCUAUGGUCUAGUGGCCUGCGGUCGAACCUCAGUGUAUUGCUCCCUAACAUAUUAAAUGUCAGCUAAUUUACUUUACCCUAGAGUUACCCUAAGUUUUCCAUUCCCAACGCUCAGUGGACCUACUUUCCCUGCUCUUUGGAACUGAUUCUAGAAACUUGCAUGCGUAGCAACAUGAUCAGUCCAAGACUUCCAGACUUCUGGACCAUUAAGGAUUCAUUAAAAACAGAAGACCUCAUUUUGUACUUGUUGGACUUUGCUGAAUGCAUAGUGUCAUGUGCAUCACCAUUACAAAGUGUCCUGCAACACACAAGGUGCUGAGCUGCUGCUUUGAACACUAAAGAUGUUGCUAUCAUAUAAAGAGGCUUGCACAAAUUACCCUACGUUCAUAUUCAGUUCAAUAUUAUGGUUAUGUUUACAUUUACACAACAGAACACCAAGCUAUCACAAAGGUUGAGAGUUCCUUAUAAGGGAAAGGCUGGGAAAGGCAAAAAGGGAAGACUAACAAACUAACUUAAUGGAGUUAUGUGGCGGGAUGCACACAACAAGCAUUUUCUCAGGACUUUUAAGAAUGAAGAAUGGGAUGAAGAUGUCUCAGACAAAGGAUAAUAAAUAGCAUAGAUACAUUUUUUGGGGAUUGUACUUUUUCAUAUUUUAAUUGAAGAUUGUGUGGAAUGUCCUGCUGAGUAUGUGUAGUUGGUGGCAUUGAUGGUUGGUGGAAAUCUAUGAGGUAAGAUUGUCUCUUGAUGUGCAUGAGAAAAUACUGUAUGCUCGUGUAAAAUGUUUCAUUUUGCAAAUUUUUGUCAUCUCUUAUUUACAUAAAUCCACUUGAAUUUAAGCAUGCAAGUUUUAUAUGAAAUUUUCAACCAAUUGCCAAAACAAUGCCAACUAUAUAAAAGUAAAAUGUUUGAAUUCUAUUAAAUAAAUAUUUAAUGAUAAUUAUUAUUAUAUUUUUACAAACCACUGCCCAUAAAUGAAAAUUACAUCAGAAAGAGUUAUUGAAUGGUAACAGGCUUGCAUCAGUCACAAAAUGCUCCCUUUAAAUGGCUUGCCUGAAUUUGGGAUGUCUUUUACUCAGUACAAGACACUUUCUUCGAGAAAAGUCUAAUCUCAUGCAGUAUGGAUAUGGUGUGCAAUCAGUAGCAAAAUGAGCAAAGAGAGAUUUUAAGGAGAUCCUCUUAUCUGCAUAUAUAUAUAUAUAUAUAUAUAUAUAUAUAUAUAUAUAUAUAUAUAUAUAUAUAUACAUAUAUAUAUAUUCUUUUUUUUUAUAAUUUCUACUGUUGUUGCUAUAUUACAAUAAAUAGGGGUUUAUCUCAAUAUUUUCAUAACUUAGACUUGCUUUUUAUAUAGUUUCAGAAUGAAGUGUUUUUGGGUUAUGUGUAAAAGUACAGCGGUUUGUCACAACAAAGCUUUCAAAGCAAGUAAAAAAUGUAUGUAGUGCAAAAUAUUUUAUUUUGUUUGCUUUUGAUUGUUUAAAAGGCUGUAUAUCACAAAUUUCAUACUUUGAAACUUUAAUUGAAUGUAGUAAUUUGUUUUAACUUAUAGGUUCUGCAUGUGACAUAAAAACAAAUUUAUCACUUCUUGAGUUUUGCUCUCUUUUUUUUCCAUGUAUAAAUGUACAGUACAGAGUGAAAGUGUGGCAAAAAAAUGUUUUCAUGACUUUUCUGUAACUGCUACUCUACUAAAUUCAUUAAUUUAAAGCUAAAGCCUUCAUAACUUUAUAAGCUGUGACUGCUGUACUUUUUCACAGGGUUGUGUAUAGCACUGUUUUUUUCACAUGAGUGUAAAUACUCUUGUUUUCAGUUGUUGUGUUAAAAAAAUAGAUAUAUCAAUGAUAAAAUCAAUGGGACUUAUCAAUAAAAAAAGCUCUAUCAUGUAUAGUACUGAAUUCUCAUAUAUAUAUAUAUAUAUAUAUAUAUAUAUAUAUAUAUAUAUAUAUAUAUAUAUAUAUAUAUAUUAUAAAUAGAAAAAGUAUGACUCUAUUCAGGAAAGAAAAAUCUGAUACUGUGGCCAUAUGUUGACUUCAGAGAAUAUAUAAUGAUUCAACCAUCAGUAAAAAAAAAAAAAAAAAAAACUCUGUCACUGACCUGCCAGUCUUACCUUUCAAUAAUGAGAAUGUAUUUAAAUGCACACACUUACACUGCCCUGCCUGUAAUAGAAUAAACUAUACAGAUCUCAGACUGA